UUCACAGUCCACUAAAGUAGAGGAAAGUCGUCACUUGUAUUUGUCUACUUGUCUUGUGAACAGUGCAAUUGCAAUUUUUAAUUUUACAAGUGUAAAAAUUAUUUAAAUUUACUUUAAAAAAAAUGACUAGCCAAACCCAAGGUAUCCAACAAUUGUUGGCCGCUGAAAAGAAGGCUGCCGAAAAAGUUGCAGAAGCAAGAAAACGCAAGGCAAGAAGAUUGAAGCAAGCCAAGGAUGAAGCUACCGAGGAAAUUGAGAAAUAUCGUCAAGAAAGAGAACGCCAAUUCAAGGAAUUUGAAGCCAAGCACAUGGGUUCCCGCGAAGGUGUAGCUGCUAAAAUUGAAGCUGAUACUCGUAUUAAAUUGGAUGAUAUGAACCGUGCCAUUGCCUCCCGUAAGGAGCCAGUUAUUCAAGAAAUCUUGCAAUACGUUUACAAUAUCACUCCCGAAAUGCACAAAAACUAUCAUCACAAGAAGUAAAUCAAAUUACAAAAACACAUAAAAUUAUUAAUUAACAUCAGCUGUUAUUUUAAACCACUUUUUUGUUUUGGUUGUAUUAAAAAAAAUAAGAAAAACUCAAAAUUCAUCUAUUUUUUUUGUCUUUAAAAUGUGUAUAAAUGUUACUGCUUAUAAAGUCGUUUUAUUAAAGGCUUUAAAUUUCACUAAACUCUCCUCUUUUUUUCAAAACAAAAAAGUGUUUCUGUGAAUAAACAAAAAUUCCAUUUGAAAAAUUAUCAAAUAUCGUUUUAAGUUAAAAGAAAGACCCCAAAUUUCUUUUGAGAAUAAAAAAAAACAAAAUGUAUUUUUUAGUUCAAUUAAUAUUUAAUGAAAUGUAUUAUUGUUGUUGUUGUCUUAAAAUAAAAUAAACACAAGAAAAAAACAAAAUCCCUACAGCUUUUAGGAGAAAAUAAUGUAACAAUAAAUAAAAGUGAAAUUCACUUAUAACUUAAAAAUAUUCAAACAUUACUAAUAAUAUACAUAUUAUCUGGAAACUUUUAAGUUUUUAAUCAGUUGUAUUAUAUUUAGAUGUCAUUAAAUAUACUACAUAAUAAAGUUUCUCUUAAAAGGAA